AUGAAUCCAGGCGGAGAAGGCGCGCCAAAUAGGCCAAACAACCCGCCCGACCAAGAGAGGAGAGCCAAUGAUCCUCCUAAUCCAGCAGAAGCUAGAGCUGACCAGCCAGCACCGGCCAGAGACGUUCCUCCGCCCAAUCCGAACGCGCCCGAUGCAGCUGAGCCGCUACAGCCACCUCUUAACCCGCCGCGACCACCACCGGCGUUUGCAAAUGGACAUCAUCGUCACGGUGACAACCAAGGGAUGCCUCAAGACAACCUC